AUGGACGAUCGAGCCCUGCUCUAUUUCAUGGUGUUGUUCAUCUUUAAGUAUCUCCGCCUUAUCAUUCAGGGUGUCUCGUACCUGAGAUAUCAACCAAUCCGUAUCCCAGAAAACCCGAACCUUGCGCCCACCGAUGUGACGGUCGUGAUUGCCACAUUGGGUAAAGAGCUAAAGGCUCUCUCGGAGGGGUUGCAAUGCCAUGUACGAGCUGGAAUUCAGCAUAUAUCGAUCUGUACUCCUCCUGACACAUUCGACCUGGUCACCACGCUGUCGAACGGAAUCAUCAAGAGGCAUGAUGAUAUACAUAUCCACGUAUCUCAGACUCCUUUUGCCAAUAAACGGGAGCAACUUGCCACUGCCAUCGCUCGUGUUCCACGGGUCCGCAAGGAAGCACACAAAAUCAUCGUGUUUGCAGACGACGAUAUAGCCUUUCCCGAGAAUACUUUUCGGUGGAUGCUUGCCGCCUUCGAGAGAGACAAGGUGGGUGGUGUUGGAACUUCCCAACGAGUUAGACGCCUGGCAGCUGGAUCAGUCUCGGAACGCGUAAUCAACUGGAUCUUCGCUGACUAUAUUGCACGUCGAAAUUUUGAGAACCUAGCGACCUUGACGAUAGAUGGUUCAAUUUCCUGUCUAUCUGGACGCUUGGCUGGCUUUCGGUCGGACAUAGUGGAAGACCCUAAGUUCCUGAAGGGGUUUGUAUCGGAGACAUGGAACGGUCAAAAGUUGAAUGCUGAUGAUGACAAUUACUGGACACGUCACUUACUGGAGAAGGGUUGGGACAUCAAUGUCCAAUGCCACCCAGAGUGCCAAGUUGAGACCGUAUUCCGUACGAGUCUGCCCGAGCUCUGGAGAUUUGUUCGAUGGCAGAGGAGCAAUCCAAGGAGUAAUUGGAGAAGUUUACGGAACUUCAGAAACUGGCGGAGGUAUUCCUGGGGCACCUACUCGUUGUAUUUGUCCGGAUUCGUGAACUAUGGCCUCCCUCCCGACAUUAUGCUUUGGCGACUCUGGCUGCGAAUCGCUCCUCCAGAUGAAAAGCAGUGGCGAUGGGUCGCAUGGUUCCUCAUCUGGUGGUUGUUUGCCAAAAUAGCAAAGAGACUGCCUCUUUUCUGCGAGAACUGGAGGGAUGUCGUCUUUCUGCCGGUGGCAAUUCUCUGGGGCUGGUGCCAUGACUUCAUCAAGCUGUAUGCGCUGAUGACUGUGAGCCAAACUGGUUGGGAGUAA